AUGUCGCAAGAACCUGACAAGAAGACCAAAUUGCCGUCCAACGAGCAAAUGGAUCCGCCUGGUCCAAAUGCGGAGAAGGAAGAUAUCGACAAGUUGGAGGGUAGCGAGGAUGCUUGCAGCAGUGUCAAUCAAGGGUCAGUCCCAUCAAAGCAUCCGUUUGGCGACCUCGACUCGCCGUUGCCACCCAGCUGCAAGCAGGGCACCGGGCAAGGUGCUGGGAAGGCGAUGGAGAAGCUUGGCAAGAACUGGCGAUGUGAUUUGGUGCCAAAUGAUGGCGUGACCUCUGCAGAGAAAACACAUGGAUUGGCCAAGGAGGCUGAACGCACAGCAGUUGAGGAGGCUGCCAAAGCUCAACACUUAGAAGCUGCGGCCAAGGCACAACCAGCUUGUGACCAGAAGAACUUACCGGUGGGCAAUGUUCUUGGCUGGGUGUUUGGUCACUUUGCCAUAGAACAGUGGUUUAGCCGAUAUGGUGCCGCGGUGCCUUUUUUCUUUCUUGAGGCAGCAGAGUUGCAGGCAGAGCGGGCUUUAGAAAAGGCUCGCAAGGAACAAGCUGGAAAAGCAGUGCGGAAUGCCAAGAUGGUGCAUGAGUUGGAGAACGAGGCAGUCGUCCGACACCUGCUUACGGCAGGCGUACCGCUGGAAACCAACGUAGAUGCCGGUGGGGAGUCAACUCCCUAUGUAGUGGAGGCGGCUUUGGCGGACUCUCCGGAGACUCUCCGAACACUUGAAGAGUGUGGACUGUCGUUGACCCAGGUGGGCCACGUUGCUGUUCUGGAGCGUGGCCGAGGAGUGCGUGCAUCACUUGUUACAUCGCCCAUGGGUGCAGCAGCUUGGGCUUUGAAGCUGGCAGCGCUGGAGGAACUGGUCUCCUUUCCAGACCUUGAUACAGAAGUGAAGGCUGAGGUCAAGGCCAUGAGCGCAGGUGGCACGUCGCGAAUCCAGGACUUUUCAUGGGCCGUGGGAGCAACGCCGUUGAUUUUAGCAGUGCAGUCUGCAGGCCGGGGAACUCUUGGAGCUGGUGACCAGGCUGCAGCUAAGGCUGUGCAGCUGCUGUUGAGCCACAACGCCAACCCGGAGGCCCUUUCUGGCGCAGGGGAAACUGCUCUGCAUGCGGCCAGUCGCUGUGGUUUGCGGGAGGUCGUAAAAGCGCUUCUUGAGGGCAAGGCCAACCCUUUGCAGCGAAAUGCUCAAGGCGACCUUCCUCAUGCCGUAGCACAGCGUGCCGGCCGCCCGGAAUGCGCUGAGCUUCUCAAGGUGUUGGCACCGCAAGAGAGUGCGUCCGGGCCAGUGGAGCUACUUGACGAAGAAGAGGCGGAGCAAGCCAAACUCAGCAGGGCGAGAGAAAAGCGGCGGGAGAAAAAGAGUCGCCAGCGCGAAAAGCGUGCCGGGACUCCUGAUCAGGAAAAGAGUGAGAAGGCGGGCAAAAGUUAUGUGGAGAAGGAGCUGACUGGCGAGGCGCUGCAGAAACGGGUGACAGAGCUACGGCGGGAGAAAGCUCGCACCGCCCAGAAAGCCAAGCAUUUGGCCAGGCGAGCGGAGGAAGAAACCGCGAAAGAGCAGCAAUGCUCUUCUCAGUUGCAGGAAUUGAGGCGUCGCAGCCAAGAGUUGAAAAGCAUGUUUCAACAGAAGAAGGCCGAAGCUGAGAAGGCCGAGGCUGCAGCACGUGUGGCGGAAGAAAAAGUGAAUGCAUUGGUGCACCAGCGCUCCGAGAUUCACGAAGAGGUAGCGCAGCAAAAGCAAGAGCUACAGGUUGAGGCUAUGAAGCACACCGUGCUCAUGCGUCUUGCCACUCUCCUUUGCAUGGUCACACCUUGCAGCGCAGCGCCCUAUGCAAAAAUGCCACUGCUGAUGCCAUCUGCACGUUUCGAACUACGAGAUGGCCACAGCAUGCCUGUCGUGGGGUUAGGCGUUUACAUGUCGAAGCCAGGAAAGGAGACAUACGAUGCAGUGAAAUGGGCCUUGGAAGCUGGCUACCGCAUGAUCGACACUGCGGCCAUCUAUCAAAAUGAAGAUAGUGUGGGGGAAGCUAUUGCGGAUAGCGGCGUUCCUCGAAAUGACAUAUUCUUGACGACCAAGCUGUGGGAUGCCGACCACGGCUAUGAUGCCGCUGUCAAAGCGCUGGAAACAAGCCUUAGCAAGUUGAAGGUGGAUUAUUUGGAUUUGUACCUUAUCCACUCUCCAAACACAGGAAAGAUUGUGAAAACUUGGGACGCCCUCAUUCAUAUGCAGAAGCUGGGAAAGCUCAGAUCUAUUGGGGUGUCCAAUUUUGGAAUUCCACACUUGGAAGCAUUGAAGAAGUAUGGACGGCCAAUGCCCGCAGUGAAUCAGAUUGAGAUGCAUCCCAUGAACUAUCAGGAGAGGGUGCCUGUGCUUGACUUUUGCAAUCUCAAUGGCGUCCAGGUGCAGGCAUAUGGUUCCAUGUUCUUCGGAAGACCUGAGUUCCUUGAACGACCUGAAGUCACAAGUGUGGUUAGGGCACAUGGUGCCACCAGCUCGCAGGUGCUUCUACGAUGGGCUCUGCAGAUGGGUUUUCAGAUCAUUCCAAAGAGCGUGAAAAAGCACCGCAUCGAAGAAAACCUGAAGGUCUUUGAUAUAGAGCUCACACAGAUGGAAAUGGAUUCACUGAGUUCCAUGAAAGGAAAAUUAGAUCAGUAUUGGCAGAGCAGCUAUGCCAGCUGCCGGCAGAAGAGAGUUGCCGCUGAGCAGCGCCGAAAGGAGCUUCAACUGGAGCUGAUGGCUAUAGCACGAAGCUUGCAAGCUCCUGAAGGUCUGAAACAAGUGCCACCACUCUUUCUUCCAUCAGGAGCGCCGGAAGUGCGGAAUGCGUCCCUGUUCCGAGAGCUCUACAAGCAACAGCAGAUGCACCUAGCCGCCAUGAGAGAGUUGGUGGCCGCAACCAGCCAACAGAUCCACGAACGCGAAGCUGAACUAGACGACGAACUGGAUAUUCUUCUGGGAAGUGGUCUUCCGAAGUUCCUGGCCGCUUUGAAGUCCGAGGGCAUCAUUGGAAAGUGCCCUGAGCUGGAAGAGGAUCCAGACCGAGCAGGAAGGUACAGGGACCGCAGACCCACCGACCCCUUCUUCUACCCCACGACGGUUAGCCCUUUGACUGGCCUGGGGUUAAACCUCAUUGAAGAGUCUACACCUCCAAAGCCGCUGGACAAGGUCGAGGUGGCUAAAAGUGAGCGGAACUCCGCUCCAAUUCCCAAACUUAGCAACAUCUUGGAGUUUGAGGAUAUGAGCGUGCUCCAGCGUCAGAAUGACGAAUUGGCAAAGCACAUGCAGGAUUUGGAGCGUGCCAAAAGCUUAGCUGCGAUGACCUCCGCACAGGCGCUGCAGAAGAUCCGCCAACGGCAGGAGCAGCUCAGGAAGGAACAGCAGCAGUGCAUGCUAAAAGCGAAGGAGAUCCAAGCCGACUACAUUCCAGGACCUGAUGUAGAAGGCCCUGUUGUGCAGCCGCAGCCACCAAUAGAGGGUGUACAUGAGCGGCGACUUCCAAACAAAGAAUCUGAGGACAUUAGCCAUACACAGGUGCCGCAGCCAGGAGGUGGCAUUUCAUCAACUGCAUCCACUUUGCGUCGCUCUGAUGCUGGGGAGCCAAAGCGCUACGCACGUCCAGGGUCGACCAAGAGCUUAGAUGCCGUGCAGCUUGCUGGAGAAGGGUCAGCUUCUUGCAACGAGGCACCCCUACCUGCGCCUGAAUUCCCUGCCCGGGACAUCACUGCCAUGGCAGCAGACAUGCUGAGCAAGCAUCUUGCGCCUGGAUAUCGGGAGGCGCCACACCUCGACGGAAUGACUCCGUACGUUGAUGCUUUAGGCAAUCCUUUGCCCCCUAUCCGGAAACUCGAUGACCUGCCAAACAUCAAGGACACACCGGAGAUGCAGAGUGCAACAGAAGUGGAAGGACCGAUCUCAACCACUACCAGCGCGUUGAUUCAGGUCGAUGGCACGGCGAGCCAGCCGCGGUCAGAGGAAGCAGAUUCUCCGCGCAUUAAGGCGCGGUCAGCACGCUUGGAGAAACCCGUGGCAGUUGCUGUUGCACAUGAGCGAGGGCCAAAUUCGUCGCGUAGCGACCGACAGGGCUCGCAUUCGUCGGCUGCAAGCGCCAGCCGUGCAAGCCGCGCAGGAACAGACACUGGAGUCACUGGAGGCGAGCAGGGUGGCUCAAAGAGCUCCAAGUCUCGGCCAAAGGAGGAGUCCGAGCGUCGAAGCCGACGCCGACCAAGCGAGGAGGCAACUCCAUCGACGCAGUUGCCACCUGAAGUUGCAGAGGAGCUACAGGCGGAACUGGACGAAUGUUUGGACACCAUCAAAUGGUGUGCCUCGUCCGUCACCCGUGAUAGCCUACAGGACGUGAAGAACACGAACAGGCCUGCACCGGUGGUGAAGGACGUCCUGGAGGCAGUGUCAAUACUUCUUGCUCAAUCCGAAAACAGGUGGGACCGGCUCAAGCAGAUGAUCAGCAAACCCCAAUUCUUUGACAAGCUUCAACGGCUGGACUUCCAGCGGAGUGUCUCCAAGGAGCAAUUCAAGAAGCUGCGCGACAAAUUGGCCCAUCCGCACUUUGACGAAGAGCUCAUCAAAACCGUCAGUGUGCCAAUGGUGCCGUUGGCGAUGUGGUGUCGAGCCAUUGGAGUGUACUUGUCCAAGACGAAGUAUCGGGGUGGUCCGGAAAUUCGCCCUGUUGCUGGUGCUGGUGCUACUCCUCAGCCCCGAUACCAAGAACGAAGAUCAUCGGUGGCGAUGACCAUCCAUCCCGACUUGAGCCUGAUGAAUGCUGAGCAGCUAAGGCACGUGCGGGAUCUGACCAUUUCCCGAGAAGGUGUUGGUACCAUCACCUUCGAGGGCGAGACAGAUUGCACGGGCUUGGACUUUGAGAACAUCGUCCGAUUAGAGGUCGGAGAGGUCCUCGUCUAUCCGCACCCACGGACAAAGCCUGAUGUGGGCAUUGGCCUAAACAAGGCAGCCACAGUCACCAUGUACCAGUGUUGGCCUCCGAAUGGCAGCGUCUUGGCCCAGGAUAAAGAGCAGCAAGAGGAGUACAAAAGACGUAUCAAAGUCAUGACGGAGGAGAAGAAAGCAAGGUUCAUUGAUUACGACUGCAACACAGGUGUUUGGAAGUUUGCUGUGGAGCACUUCUGA